AAAAUAGUGAGGAAUAUUUUUGUGCAAUUUAUUUCCAAUAAAUUAGAGUAAAAUUUUUCAUAUUUAGGCACCGGAGUAACUGGAACUUAAAAUUAAUAUUGCAGCAAUCAUUCAGUAUCGUCCGCGAUGAAGCGGAAGUACAAUUAUCCGAAUGUGACGAAUGUGGCACAGAUUCUGGCCAACCGCAACUACAGCGAUAUCGAGCACAUCGUCAAAAAUCGGCUGAAAACUGCUCCACAGUUUAUCGACAAGAUCGAACUAGAGGCAGAGCUAAAGGGACACAACGGUUGUGUGAAUUGUUUAGAAUGGAGUGAUAAUGGCCGCCUGUUGGCUUCCGCUUCCGAUGACUUUCAUGUGAUGCUUUGGGAUCCAUUCACUCACAAGCAGAUACUGGAUUUGCAAACUCCGCAUGAUGGAAACAUUUUCUCGGUCAAAUUCUUGCCUAAGCGGAACAAUUCCGUGCUGUUGACUGGUGCCGGUGAUUGUCGGAUGUUUGUGUUUGACAUCAAUCGCGGAAACGAUCAGCCCAUUCGGAAGUGUAUCUGCCAUGGGCAACGGAUAAAACGCUUGGCUACGACGCCGAAGCACACGAACCUGUUUUGGUCCGCGGCGGAAGAUGGCAAGGUGCUGCAGCAUGAUAUGAGAACGGCCCACGCUUGCCGGGCCAACGAUGCCAAUGUGCUGAUCAAUCUGAAAAACCACAUCAACGAGAUGCCGGAGGUAAAGUGCAUUUCAAUCAAUCCGCACCGCCCGGAACAGAUGGCAAUCGGGGCGAACGAUUGCUACGCGAGGAUCUACGAUCGACGGAUGCUGUCGCUGAUGAAGUUCAGCGCCAAUGUGGAUGCCAAGCCGAACGAGCAUGACACGGAUAACGUUAAGCGCGAGGGAUGCGUCCAGUACUACUGUCCCGGUCAUCUCAGCCGUAACAAAGACACCGUGUACUCAAUCUUCAAUCAGAAAGCCAUCACCUAUCUUACGUUUAGCCCGGAUGGUACGGAGCUACUAGUGAACAUGGGCUCCGAGCAAAUCUACCUGUACGACUUGAACCACCCUCGGGAACCGGUGUUUUUACAAUUACCGAAAUUCACCGAACCUAUCAACGGUACCAACGGAACGACUGUGAAAAAUGGAGAAAAGGUAAAACACAAACUUCCACCGGAGGUGGAACACAUGAAAAAGGAAGGCAAUGUCAACCUGGAGAAGGAGAAAUAUCUACAGGCGAUCCAGCAGUACACGCUGGCCAUUCGGAAGGCAAAGGAAAAGGAUUGCUCCAUUCUGUAUCUGAACCGGGCCACGGCACUUAUGAAAAGAAACUGGUACGGCGACGUGUACGCAGCGGUCCGCGACUGCCAUCGGGCUCUGCGCCUGGAUCCACACUACGUAAAGGCUCACUUCCGGUUGGCGCGGGCCCUGCUCAAACUGGGUCAACUGCAGGAUGCUUCGGCUUGCUUGACAGAACUGAUCAAACGGUUUCCCUCCUAUGCGAAAAAUCACGGCGUGCUGAUGCUGGACAAGGACAUCGAAGCCGAGCUGGAUAAGCAACGCCAACGGCAGCGGGAACGACCGCAGGAGUCCGAUUCCGACCAGUUUUCAGUGAAUGAAUUGGCAUGGCGCGCUGCUGCAUUGGACUAUCAGGACCGGUUUGUCGGACACUGCAAUACUAAGACCGAUAUCAAGGAGGCAAACUACUUUGGAGACUCGAAUUACAUUGUGGCCGGUUCCGACGACGGCAAUUUCUUCAUCUGGGAUCGCGACAGCGGUAUGAUCUCUUCCAUCUACCAAGCGGACGAACUGAUUGUGAACUGUGUGCAACCGCAUCCGUAUGUGUGCCUGCUGGCAACAAGCGGAAUCGAUCACGAGGUACGCCUCUGGUCACCGCAACCGUUCGAGAAGGUUCCGGUAAAACAUCGGGUGGACGUCGUGGAGGGUACGGUCAACGAGAACCAGAACCGAAUGCAGUCGGAUCCGUUCGACUCGUUGGCACCGGAUCAGGCGAUGUGCCGAGCUAGUUAGCUUUUGAUUUCUGGCCCAACCAAUGUGAUUGAGUGUUGUAGGAUUAUUAAAUUAUUUGCUAUGGUACGAUUUUUAUACAGCUGAGCGCAGCAUACAUGGCAGACGAGAACGAGACACAGCUGGAUCCGUUACAUACCCACGAAUUAUAUACCUACUGUUACAUAACUAAGCAUCUAAUAACACUUCAAGAAAUGCAAAUAGUCAACCACGGGAAUUGUGCACUGAGAUCACGUGGAAAUUUUAUGUAGUUGAGGCAAAUUUGCCAAUAUAUUGAAAGCAGAAUGCAUAGUUGCACGCAAUAUACAAAUUAACAGUUUCCCUAAUGACAGAUAGAAUAUUAUUUUUCAGUUUGGUUUGCUCCCCAGGCCGAUGGAAGUCGUACUAGUGCUAAAAUUGUUUGUGAUUAUUUUUUUGAAUUUUAUGCUGAGUUCGUAUCGGCAUCAGAAUCAAGUUUAUUUUCAGAUUUUUUUUUAUUAAGAUUUAAAAAAAUAUCAUCUCACUUUUGUUCUUCGUUCGAACUCAAUAGAUUGUUGAACUACUUAACAAAUAGACUCGUGUUCUUAUCAGUUGCAUAUAACGG